UGUGCGAAAUGUAACUAGCACAGUUACGAUACAUCUAGAGAGGUAGAAGACGCACUUCAUAGCAGACGAAAUUUGACAAGAACCUACAGGUAGAAUGCCUGCCAGACUACUAGACAGCCCACCACCUAUAGACGGUGGGACGACGUCCCCGGGUCUAUUGAUAGAUGAUCCGACCCUUCCCGUCACCAUGGACAGACAUAUCACAGAUACACCAUCCUCAGACUUGGUGGUUAUAAGUGGGGUAUCGUGUCGCUUACCGGAGUCCAGCAACAUGGAACAGUUCAAACAAAAUCUUAUGAAUGGGGUUGACAUGGUAACAGAAGAUGGAAGACGUUGGAAACCAGGAUUAUAUGGGUUACCAACGAGAAAUGGAAAACUGGUGGAUUUAAGCAAAUUUGAUGCUGCUUUUUUUGGUGUCAGUCCUAAACAGGCCGAUGUCAUGGACCCUCAAUUGAGAAUGUUACUCGAGGUGACGUACGAAGCCAUAAGUGAUGCAGGUGUUGACCCCACCAGUGUACGAGGCUCCAGGACAGGUGUAUUUGUGGGCGCCAGUGCAUCCGAGUUUCAUGAGGCUGUGACUACAGAUCCGGAGACAACCCAAGGAUACUGUAUGACAGGCUGUACCCGGUCUAUGUUUGCUAACAGACUAUCAUUCUUCUUUGAUUUCAAAGGGCCUAGUCACACAGUUGAUACUGCUUGCUCGUCCAGUCUGCUGGCCAUGGACCAGGCAUUACAAGCCAUCAGAACUGACCAAUGUGAUGCUGCAAUAGUGGGAGGAUCAAGCCUUGUUCUGAAGCCUCUGACAUCAUUGCAAUUUCAGAGGCUAGGCAUGCUUUCUCCAGAAGGAACCUGCAAAUCAUUUGAUUCUGAAGGUAAUGGGUACUGCAGGAGUGAGGGUGUAGUGGUUGUUUAUCUACAGAAGGAAAAGUCCGCUCUACGUAUGUACAGUAGACUUAUCCACUCCAAAACCAACUCUGAUGGAGGCAAAGAUCAAGGUAUAACCUUCCCAUCUGGUGCGAUACAGAAGUCGCUGAUACAGGCCGUGUAUAGCGAGGCAUGUGUAUGCCCCUCCACAGUGGCCUAUGUGGAGGCUCACGGUACAGGCACCAAAGUCGGCGACCCACAGGAACUCAACACCAUCACCGAUGUGUUCUGUAAGGGACGGGACACACCACUUCCCAUAGGCUCUGUAAAAUCUAACAUGGGGCAUGCUGAACCUGCUUCAGGCCUUGCUUCAGUUGCUAAGGUAAUAGUUAGUAUGGAAGAGGGUGUCCUUCCAGCCAACCUCCACUACAACUCCCCAAACACAGACAUUCCAGGUCUGCUUGACGGCCGUUUACAGGUGGUCGCCAACAACAAACAGUGGGACGGAGGUUUUGUUGGGGUAAACUCUUUUGGAUUUGGAGGUACCAAUGUGCAUGCCUUAUUAGAAUCCAAUACGAAAUGUGACAAGGCUGAUAACAGUCGAAAUGAAUGUAGCCGAGUAUUUGUGUAUUCUGCACGUACAGAAGAUGGCGUGAAGUCGGUGAUGGAAAAAGCAAAGGAACACAGCCACAAUAUGGAGUUACACACUCUCCUAAAUGAAACAUCUAAGAAAGGACGACACAAGUACAGAGGCUACAGUGUAAUCAACACAGACAAUAUUCUAGAGGAAAUCCAGCCAUGUGAUACUACAGAUCGUCCUGUCUGGUUUGUGUUUGCUGGGAUGGGUACGCAAUGGUAUGGGAUGGGACGUCAGAUGAUGGAAAUUGAGGUGUUUAAAAAGUCCAUCUUGAAGUCUGAUGCAGUGCUGCGUCCCUAUGGCAUGUGUCUUUACGACCUCCUUAUGAAGGGAGAGGAGAAGAUGUUUGAAGAUACCCUUAAUUCUUUUGUGUCAAUUGCAGCUAUUCAGGUUGCCCUUGUUGAUCUUCUGUACAAGAUUGGAAUUAAGCCUGAUGGUAUAUUGGGUCACUCUGUGGGAGAGUUGGGAUGUGGAUAUGCAGAUGGCUCUCUGACAGCAGAGGAAACCGUGCUGGCUGCAUAUUGGCGAGGACGCUGUAUCAAAGAAGCAAAACUGCCACCAGGGAGCAUGGCAGCUGUCGGUCUGAGUUGGGAUGAGUGUUUGAAACAGUGCCCUCCCGGAGUUGUACCUGCCUGCCAUAACGCUGAGGACACGGUCACUAUUUCUGGACCUGCUGAAGCUGUCCACCAAUUUGUUGAUGAACUCAAAUCCAAGCAGAUAUUCGCUAAGGAGGUGAAGACCUCGGGUGUUGCUUUCCAUUCCUAUUACAUGGCUGACAUUGCCAGUACUCUCAAGUCAGCUCUGUCAAGGGUAAUUGUGCCAAAGAAGCGGGGAAGCAAUUGGAUUAGUUCCUCCAUUCCUGAGGACCGAUGGGAUACGGAACUGGCCCAAUACUCAUCUGCCGAGUACCACGUCAACAACCUUGUGAGCCCAGUUCUGUUUCAGGAGGCGCUGAGACACGUUCCAGAAAAUGCUAUUGUUAUCGAGGUUGCCCCACAUAGUCUGUUACAAGCCAUCUUGAAGAGGUCACUUGGGACAAAAUGCAGCAUUUUGGGGUUGAUGAAAAGAGAGCAUCCAAACAAUGCUGAGCAUUUCUAUUCAGUGUUAGGCAGAUGUUACCUACAAGGUAUUGACUUUAACAUCCUUAAGCUAUACCCAGAGGUAUCCUUCCCUGUGUCACGGGGUACCCCAAUGAUCUCCCCUAUGAUACAGUGGGAUCAUGCAUCCAACUGGUUUGUACCAACAGAAGAGGACUUCACCAUAGGAGCAGGUGGUGGGCGGUCCGGAAACAGUUUUGAGGUCGACAUUUCACCAGAGUCACCUGAUAAUUACCUAGUUGGUCACAUGAUCGAUGGGCGUGUCCUAUUUCCUGCUACAGGAUACCUGGUGCUAGCCUGGAAGACACUGGCCAAACAGAAGGGACUGAUGUAUGAAGAGAUGCCUGUCCUGUUCGAGGACAUCAACAUUCACAAUGCUACGAUCUUGCCAGAAAGCGGUAAAGUAAAACUUGAUGUAACAAUUAUGGAGACAACAGGUGAAUUUGAAAUAAGUGAAAAUGGCACAUUAGCAGUUAGCGGCAAGGUCAGUACUCCAGAGGACACCAAUCAAAUGACAGAAAGGGCACCAUGUGACCAUGAAAUGACAGGCCCUUUGCUGACGUCUUCAGAUAUCUACAAGGAACUUCGACUGAGAGGAUAUGACUACGGUUCUGAUUUUAGGGGAAUCCUGCGAGCAGACAUCAAAGUUACGGAGGCACAGCUGUUGUGGACAGGUAACUGGGUGACUUACCUCGACACCAUGUUACAGAUAUCUGUGCUACGCCAGCCUGGUGGAAACCUACGUCUUCCCACACGAAUCCGAUCUCUGGCUGUAGAUCCUAUUGUACAUAGCGCUGAGGUCUUCCAGACUCAUGACGGUCACCAAGUGACAAAUAUUUUGUCAGAUGAUUACACAGACUCAUGUGUAGCAGGUGGGGUACAGAUGGAGGGGCUUCAUGCGACAGUGGCCCCUCGACGUCAGCAAAGUCAGACACCUCCGAUCCUGGAAGAGUUCAGAUUUGUUCCUUACACCAAGGAUGUGCCCCUUAGUGAUGAUGUGAUAGAAUAUAGGAAGAUCUGCAAUGCGUUUGUAUAUGAUGAACUUUCCAAGCUACUCGAUAGUGACACAACCCUAGACAGAAACACUAUCCAGUGUUUGUGUUCUCAGACUGACUCUAAUAGAGAAAUUUUGAGUCGACUUCCUGUCUGGUCAUCAAAGUCGGGUACAGAAUAUCUAAGAAGGUUACAGGAAGUCUUAAACGUUCCUUCAGAUGACCAAUAUUCCAAAAAUAUAGAGAGAGUUUACAACGGUUGGGAGAGUUGUUAUUGCACAAAAGAUUUGAUAGUGGAGAACUUGUCAGCUGCUCCAACACUGAAGCCAUGUUUAGACAUUGUGGUGGAGAAUGUGAUGUCAUCUGUGGUGAAAGUAGCGGAGCUGACUGGGACAGACACACAUAGUAUAUCAGUGGAUGUCCUGUCGCUCCUCUCCACACAUCCUUUAGUUCAUGUGGACUACAAAGUUUGCUCAAGUAAACUGGAGAAAAGCGAUGAACUUCAGGACAGUGAGAACCAGGUUUCACACAUUGAGUGGAAUGUGGAAAGUGAAGCCCCAGGAAACCUUAAAAAUUCUCAUCUUGUGAUUGCUAGAAACUUGUUACAUAAACACAAAGACAUAUCAGUAGUGAUUCAGAACAUUUCUAGUCUCCUCACAGAGGGUGGAUUCCUUAUGAUACAAGACACCACAAACAACUUUUUGUCUGCCUUCGCCAUGGAAUAUCUUGGCCAGCAACAUUCUGAGAUUGAGAAUGGACUCCAACAGCGCAGGUGUGUGUAUUACCUUGACGAGGACCAAUGGGAAGCCUUGUUUCAUAAGGAAGGAUUUGAAGUUGUGUUUAGAAGAACAGACAAUUUUCAAUCAACAUUGUUUCUGUUGAGGAAGUGUGCGGUGAAUAUCCAAGAAACAAGUUCACAAGAAAUUCUAAAUAUUGAAGGAACAAGUUGUGAGUGGGUGGAGAAAUUGAAAACUAAGAUAUCGGAAUAUCAGGAACAGCCAAAGGGGAACAAUUUGUGGCUCACAGUGAAUGAGACAAGAUAUAGUGGACUAUUAGGACUGGUGAAUUGUCUGAGACAGGAGCCCGGAGGGGAGAGGAUCAGGUGUAUAUUCAACAUGGAUUCCAAACAGGAAAACCCUGCCUGGUUGUUUGAAGGUUCAGAGUUCCAGGAAAUUGUCAAGAAAGACUUGGUGAUGAACGUUUGGAAGGAUGGGAUGUGGGGGUCUUACAGACAUGUACCCUCCAGAGAUACUCAAUGUAAGCCCUGUGCUGGAGCGUUCGUAAAUGUGUUGACCAGGGGUGAUCUGUCCAGUCUAAGCUGGAUAGAAUCACCCCCAGACAGCGAUCAGUCUGGGAUGUCCUGUUGUAGUGUACACUAUGCCGCUUUGAACUUCCGUGAUGUGAUGUUAGCCACAGGAAAACUUCCACCAGACGCUCUGCCUGGGGACCUUGCUACACAGGAAUGCAUACUUGGCAUGGAAUUUUCUGGAAAGGACAAACAUGGAAGGCGAGUGAUGGGAUUACUACCAGCAAAGGGUCUGGCCACUGAGGUCAGUGUUAACACCAAUUUUGUUUGGUCAGUCCCAGACCAUUGGUCACUCAGAGAUGCUGCUACUGUACCUGUUGUCUACACGACCGCAUUCUAUGCCUUGGUUGUACGUGGUCGGAUUAGACCCGGUGACAGUGUCCUCAUCCACUCGGGGAGCGGGGGUGUUGGUCAGGCGGCUAUCAGCAUCGCCCUUCACUACCGAUGCCAGGUUUUCACUACUGUCGGUACAGCAGAGAAAAGAGCUUAUCUGAAGUCUAGGUUUCCUAAGUUAGAGGACAGCCAUAUCUGCUAUUCAAGAGACACAUCCUUUAAGAAAGCUAUACUAAGACUCACUAAAGGAAAAGGAGUGGAUGUGGUAUUGAAUUCACUUGCCGAAGAAAAGCUCCAAGCCAGUGUUUGCCUGCUAGCGCAGCAUGGCCGCUUCCUGGAAAUUGGGAAAUUUGACUUAUCUAAAAAUAACCCACUGGGUAUGGCAGUGUUCCUGAAGAAUGUCAGUUUCCAUGGUAUCCUUCUGGAUGCUCUGUUUGAGGAAGGUAACCCAGAAUGGAGACAAGUAUCAGAACUUCUUUUCCAGGGGAUCAAUUCUGGGGCAGUACAGCCACUCCCUUCCUCUAUGUUUGAGAGAGAUGACCUUGAGGGAGCCUUCAGGUACAUGGCCAAGGGCAAACACAUCGGCAAGGUCCUCGUCCAGAUUCAAGAAGAAGCUGAAAAUAUAUCACCUGUAAUUGUGGAAGCAGUUCCAAGGUUUGCUUGCCACUCCCACAAAUCCUACAUCAUCACAGGCGGUCUUGGAGGCUUUGGGUUAGAGCUGGCUCAGUGGUUGAUCAACAGAGGUGCCAGACAUUUAGUGUUGACCUCUAGGUCAGGGGUCAAAACUGGUUACCAGGCACGGAAACUGCAACUGUGGAAAAAGAAGGGCAUUCAGGUCAUUGUGUCCAAUGAAGCUGUAUCCUCAGAACAAAGUGCACAAUCUCUCAUAAAGGAAUCCUGUGAUAUUGGAGAAGUUGGUGGAGUCUUUCACUUAGCCAUGGUGCUCAAAGAUGGGAUUCUUAGAAAAUCUGAGCCAGAAGAUUUUGAGAUCGUCUGCCAGCCUAAAGUUGUUGGUACCCUGCUUUUAGAUAAAGUAACAAGAGAGCAUUGUAAGGACAGCCUGGAUUGGUUUGUUGUGUUCUCAUCUGUCAGUUGUGGGCGUGGCAAUGCUGGUCAGUCUAACUACGGAUUUGCAAACUCGGUGAUGGAGAGGGUUUGUGAGCAGAGGUCACAGGAUGGAUUACCAGGUCUAGCCGUGCAAUGGGGAGCCAUUGGAGAUGUUGGGAUCGUUCUGGAUACCAUGGGAACCAAUGACACUGUGAUCGGUGGCACCCUGCCACAACGCAUGUCUUCCUGUCUGUCUACACUGGACACAUUCCUAAACCAACCACAUCCUAUCAUGUCCAGUUUUGUACUGGCUGAGAAGGUCAACAAGAGGUCAAAAGGUCAAAGUUCUAAGAAAAACUUGGUGGAUGCCAUUUGUAAUAUUCUAGGGGUGAAGGACCCAUCUACUCUGGAUUUUGAUACCAGUCUUGGUGACCUUGGCCUAGAUUCUUUGAUGGGAGUAGAAGUCAAGCAAACGUUGGAGCGUGAUUUUGACUUAACAUUAUCCAUGCGUGAAAUUAGACAACUUAGUGUAUCGAAGCUGAAGGUUAUAUCUGAAAAUCUAGAAAAUCCUGUCAAAGACAAUGAGAUACCCUCAGAGCAGAUCUUAAAUGAGCAAGUCCUUGAAAGAUAUGACUUGGACGAGAUUGUUCCUCGAGAGACCAUAGUGAGGAUAAAUGUAGGAGAUGAUAGCCAAUCGCCAUUAUUUAUUGUCCAUCCUUUAGAAGGAGGUGUGAAAUGUUUGACCGAGUUGUCCUCUAACCUGAACUGUCCUGUCUACGGACUUCAAUGUUCCAAGGAAGUCCCUCUUCACAGUAUCCCUGCCAUGGCGAGCUUCUACAUAGAGGUGAUGAAAUCGGUCCGGCCCAAACCUCCAUAUAACGUAUGUGGCUAUUCCUUUGGUGCAGCCGUCGCCAUAGAGAUGACACUGCAGUUGGAAAAACUAGGAAAUGGAAUAGUUCAGUCACUGUGUUUGCUGGAUGGUUCACCUAAAUUUGUAUCAACUCAUAUCGAAACAUUCAGAGACCUGUUGAUCCUUGAGACCCAGGACCAGAAAGAGAUUGCUUCUUUUUGUAGAUUUGUUCAACAGUUUACUUCAAUAAACGAAACCCAGCUUUCCAAGGAAAUGGGCAAACAAAAGGACACCAGUGGACGUCUGAAGGUUGUUGUUGAUACGUUGUCAGUCUUAGACGUCUUAAAGAGUUCAACUGACCUAGACACAGCAGCUCAAGCAUUUCAUCAACGAUUGAUGAUAGCUAUUCAGUACAUACCUUCAGGAAAGUUACACACGGGCGUGACCCUGAUCAAGGCACAGAGUGAGGACACAGGGGCUCUUGGAGAGGACUAUGGACUGAAAGAGAUUUGUGAUGGGACAAUCCACAUCCACCAAGUUGAGGGGGAUCAUAGCAGUUUUAUUACUGGUGACAGUUCAAAGGUCACAGCUGGUCACAUCCAAUCACUAUACAAGUGAAGAGGACCAAUGAAGUUUCAGUACUGGUGACAGUUCAAAGGUCACAGCUGGUCACACCCAAUCAAAAUGAGAAUGAGGUGCAAUUUUGAAUUUAGUGCAAUAAUCCAACAUGUACAGAGAAUUUGACUAGUUGAUCAAAGCACCAAUGUUACCAGUCUUUGGGUGCAGGUCUGUUGGAUACCUCCCUGACCAAUCAGUAUUUCGGUUCCAGUAAUAGUAAUACUUCUAUAACAAGGGAACUCUCCCAAUAAUGUAGAUGCUGUCUGGUUAAACACUGGACUACUAUAAGGAGUAUAACUACAGAUUGGGUCAUUGUCCUUGUAUAAUUUAUGUGAUGUAUUCAUGCAUACCGUAAUAUACAAAAAUAAGGGGAGAAAAUUGUUUGUGAUAAUCAAUUUUGUCCUCAAUCCAUUUUAUGCUCUAAAUGACAAAUGGUGGUGCAAUAUUAUUUAUUGAUAUUUAUAUUCCGUUUGAAUGAAAGGUUUAAGAAAAUUGAUAUUUCAAAUUAAACAAUUGGAGACCCCCACAUAAAUGGAGUAUAUUUGUAUAAGGGAAAGAAUGAGGGAUUCAAAAAAAGCUAAAAAUCAUGCACAAGUUUUAUAUGGAAUUGUUCUCAUUAAUAUUGUAUUUUUUAUUACAGACAUAGCUCAAGCAUUGCUAGGGCAUGCUUACAGGGAAUACUCAUGGUAUUCUCUCUUCAAUGAAAAUUAGAGAAAUUAAUGAAACUAUAACUUUAAUAUUAGCUCACCAGUUACGAGUAACCGUGAGCUAGUAAUGCUGUAGCCCCCUGCUUCGGUGUCCCACCUCACUUUAAAGUUUUUGGGGCAAGUUUUUGGGGCAAGUUUUUGGAAAGCUUGUAAGUCCAAAAGUAUACACCUCAAAACCUUCUAAUUUGGUUUAUACAU